AUGGCCAGCAGCAAGGGCCAAUGUUCUGAGGGCUCGGAGCGCCUCAAAAACCUCAUAGAAAUGCAAAUGUCCGACUUGGGCACUUCUCGUCGUGAGGUUAUCACAACCCACGAUGUUUUCAAUGACGGAGGCCCCCUACCUGGCCAGCUUGACGCAGACAGAGAGUGCGACAAGCCAGGUACUCUUGCCUAUCGGCUGGCAAGGGCAAACAACAACUCGCUGAGUGCUUGGUCGAACUUUCACAAAACUAUCACAGACACCGAUGAAAUCGAGGAGUUGGAGGACAUAAAUGAAGGACAGUCCCACCGUCGUGCAUUGAAUGAUCAAUUUACUGGGCUUCGCCGCCCCAUGCCCCAGCUUUCGAGCCAGCCUUUCUUUUCAACCCACCCGGCUCCCGCAAACUCUCGCGGCCGUGGUGGUGGCCAUGCUGGAACCACCCGCCGUAGUCCCCAUACUCUUUCUCCUACAAACUCUCGCACAUCUUAUCAUGGCGGCAUUGUGAAGACUAGCAACGGCCACCGGUCCGUUUCUAUGCCUACAGGAUCUCGACUGGAUCCUGCAUUGAAUAUCAACAAUGAUGACAUUGACCCGCACGCCGGCGGUCGUGGACGGAGACGUGGCCGAGGCCGAGGUGUGGAUCGAGGAAGUGUACGGGCAACACUGAGUAAACGUCCUCUGCCUCCUCAGUCCUCAACUCCGCAACGACCUCUGAUCAUUCCGGAUAUGUCAAGCAGACUGGGUGACACCGACUCUUUCCUAUCGAUAAUGAGAAACCGCAACGCUACCAUGUCAAAAGAAUCUGCUGCUGUUCCUGUCACUCCUUCCACGUUGAUGAUUUCCCAAGAUCAGCCACUGCCCUCCGUUAUGUCUCUCUCGUUGCCAUACCCGAAGGCUCGCAGCGUGACCACGCCAAAGCCAUCAGCUUCCCUUCCGGUACCCCCUCAAACGAAACCAGUUUACAAAGAUCAGCCAUUGGCGGAGCGUAUGAUACCGAAAAGUCCUACUCCGAACCGGUCGACUUCUCGCCCCCAGACUAGUGCGAUUUCCAAGAAAAAGGCCCCUGUCCAGACCCCCAAGAACACCGCAAUGGCCUUCAUUGGUGGAACUGACACUUCUACCCAUGUUGCAGAUCUUAAACAGAAGAAAACGGCGGAUGAGCACCCACACAAGAAGGAUAAAAUCUCGCCUAUGCCUACUUCGAGCAAGAAAAUGACACCACUCGCCAAAGCAAAGGAUGUUAAGCAGCAGACUUCUGUUCAAACUCUUCUUGGUGAGGGUCCUUCCAUGACUGAUACAUCUACUCAGACAGAUGUUGUGUCUUCUCACACACUAGGUGAGGACCUCAUCAAUCUGGAAUGGACCACACCCCCAAGACAAGCCUCUUUUACCAGCCCCAAUGCUGCUAUCCUCCAAGGACUGGAUAUGACCCCACUUGUACCCUCCGCUCCGUCGGCAUAUUCCAUUUGUGCCUCUGUCGAUGCAGAAAGCCAACGGAGUGAACUAGGUUUCCAUGAUAUGAUCUCUACCCGUGGAAAGUCUGAACAUGAUUUCAUUGACAUCGUGAGUAAGGCCGUGAACAAGAGUGUGCGCUCAGCUAUCGAUGACUAUGCAAUGGAUCGCAACGUAUCCUGUUUUUCCACAUCUCCUCGCCUAGAUGCCGCAGCCAUUGCUCAAAACCGGACCACUGAUAGUUCGCAAAAGCUUCCAACUGGUAUCUCAACUCCGACUCGCGACAUGUCCCAUCUAGAGCAGUGGUUGUGGAAGGCUAAUAGUCCAGUUAAAGGUUCGAGUUUUGAAAACCAUCGUUCACCUCAUGGCUCAUCCCCGGAGUCUGCGGAUCAGCAGCAGUCGACUCGUAUGCCGGUCCCAGGGCUAUCGCCACACAAGAGCGAAUACUCAGAUAUGGAUACCCAGCCUGUCACUUUCAACGAGAUCAUCAAGAUGAUCAAGCCUCGCGGGAUUCGCAAGACCGAUUCUGGCAAAGUCGAGAUCAUCAGGCGUCAAGAUCCUUUCAAUCCUCUUGAAUCCAUCAAACCUGUCGAUGCAGAUAAUCCAAUCCAGAAUGUGGUUCCUGUCGCUCCUUGCUCCACGAGCGUUUCUACCAAACCAACAGGGCUUCUCGCUUCUAAGUACGCCUCUGAGCCACCUGUUUCUUUCACAAAGCCGGUUAAAAAGAGACCGGCUGUCUCAGCUGCAAAAGUGAUUACACAUGAUAUGAAAGGCAAAAUUGCACCCCUUUCCCAAACUGCCCCCUCGCGCCCUCCGGGUCUCGCUGCACCUGUUCGGCCUCCUGGUCUACCUUUGCGGCCUCAAGCCACGUCGUGGUAUCCUCAUUCAUCUGCCAAAGUGUUAAAUGCAACCACCUCUAAAGUUACACAGUCUUUUGCUUCAACUGGCGUUCGCACCAUCGGACCUGCUCCAAGUGUGUUUCAGCCUACUAUGCUUCGAGGUGACAAUGAAACUGCAACUCCUACCACUCAUGCCCAGCAAACACCUGCCAAAAUGCCUCUUCAGACGGAGAACUGGUCUGCAAACAUCGCCCCAGCGAGCUCCAACCCUGAUGCAAAGCGUCGGGUUAGCAAUCUAACUUUUCCGCGAAAGCGUACUCCUCCGCCUUUCUCACUUCCUCGCACCUUUGGCCACAGUCCCGGUUCCAUGUUGCCUGGGUUUACACCCCCACCACUGACCAAUUCGGAUGAUAAAGUGGAGCGUAAGGUGUCUACUUUGGGGCCCGCCCCGUUAACUCCCCGGAAGUGA